GGGUUGGUUGGACAGAAAAUAGCGAUGUGAAUACGUUACUGAGGUCAUUAGUUGUAAAUCUGAAUGCAAAUCAAAUGUGUCUGACGUCACAUUUUCAGGUACAAGAUCUAAGAUUUUAAACACGUCUGCUUUUUGGGUGAGUGAAUGUUUUCAGGUUUUCAUAAAUGGAAUGUUUUUGGAAACUUGCACAUGCGCACUUUGGGUUUUGUCUAGUCGUUUUUCGCUCCUCUCAUCACUUCCUGGUUUGUGUGGGGACUGUUUACGCCAGGUAGGAUCACACAUUCAAAAACGCGCAGCGGGCGCGCUGCGGUUCCGCCUUUAUUACCUGCCUCGAGCUGGUGAUUUGGAUUCUGUUCAAACAAAGAGGCGCGCGGUGGAUUGAAAAUGUCCCCGGCCGCUGCCUUUCACGCUCAGCUGGCCUCCAUAAUGGAGGUGCUGGCCAACACGGCGGUGGCGGAGAUUUGUGAGCUCGUGGACAGCGGAUACUCGGUGCUGCAGCUGGAGAUCUCGCGGAGCCGCAAAGAGAACGAGGUGCUGCGAAGAAAACUGCGGCUCAUGGAGCUCCGCGCCGCUCGCGCCACCGCACUGCGAGCCGCGGCUACAGGCAGCGGCACCGCGCUGCUGCAUGCGAGCGGCCGGGCUCGAGCUCAGCUGCCCGCUCAUCACCCAGGCAACGAUCCGAGGAGGAAUCGAACACCUGGAGGUGAGCCGGUGCUGUCCAGAGUGCCCCUCCAGGAGCUGCCUCAGUGCGUAGACCCCAAGCCGCCCUCUGACUCUGUACCAGAAACAACACAGGUAACGCCUGCUGCAGGUGAGUCAGCCAACCUGACAACCACAGUGAUCAAAGUGGAGGACGAUGACGAGUCCUGGUCCCAGUCUGAGCAGGACAAGAGUUUCUCUCGUGUUGUUGAAGGACAGGUGACUGAGACAGAAGCUCCACCCACGAUGACCAAACAGGAAACAGUAGAUGAAGGCGGCGAUUCAUCACGAUCCUGGAUGAGCGGGGAAGUCAGUUCCACUUCUGCGUCCGUCCACAAAACCCUGAACACCAGCCAGAGGUCGGACACCAGCAGUUACGAAUGUCUGAUGUAUGAGCCGCAGCUCCAGCACGGUUCCCUCCCUACCCAGAAUCCUCUGAGCGAGGAUCCCUGCUGCUCGUACGUGUUGAACGCCAGUGUGUUAAGUGUUUCAGCUGAUUCAGGCAGCAGCAACAGCGGCAGCAGCUUCCCUUUCACCGUCAGUGAGGUGAGUCUGUCUGCAGCAGAGCACCAGCAGCCUGCAACGUUCACAGACAACCAGCAGAGGGCGCCACCUGCUCCAGAUGAGCCUCAGCAUCCAGUGAGGAAAGAGGUGACAGGAAGACAAAAUGCUUUCACCAGGAGGGAAGGGUGGAGACAUCAGGAUGGAGUCAACAGUGCCGCCAACCACAGCAGAGAGGAUGGCGGCGGGAAGUCGUUUGUCUGUAACUGCUGCGGCAAAACUCUGGCCUGCCUGAAGAACCUGAAGACUCACAUGAGGGUUCACACAGGCGAGAAGCCGUUCGUCUGCGUGCUCUGUGGCAAACGCUUCUCCGACUCCAGCAACCUGAAACGCCACCAGAGCGUCCACACCGGGGAGAAACGCUACGGCUGUGUGCACUGCGGCAAACGCUUCGCCCAGUCAGGAUCCCUGAAGGUCCACAUGACGGUCCACACGGACUGUAAACAGUUCAGGUGUUCAUACUGUGGCAAGACGUUUAUAUCAGGCAGCCACCUGCGGCGGCACAUCACAGUCCACGCAGCCGAGAAACGGUUCACUCCCACUGUACAGUGACAGUGCCGGCAAAGCUUCAGGGGUCAGAUCCCACCAGCUGAACAGCUGUUGACUUUCUCCUGCACUUUAUUCAGUUCUGCCUCUAAAAAAAAAAAAUAUCACUGCAAUGUUUUUUGUUGAAGUCUCCUCACUUGAUCAUGUUGGUGAUUUAAAAUCUAAAUAACUUAGAAGAGUCAUCAUGAAACUAUGGUUAUAAAUGAACUCGCCGGACUUGAGAUUCAGUUUUUUGUCUGUUAAAUUGUUAUUUGUUGUUUCAUUGAGGAAAUGUCCUGUUAAGUGAUUUUAAGUCACAUUCCCUUUUACUAAAGCUGUUUUUCAUGUUUUGUUUUGAUUUUUGGCUUUUUUUUUCUCUCUGCCGUGUGACAUCAUUUCAGCUUCUGUUUAUUUGCUAUAGAAACUUUCAAAAGUGGCAAAUUAUCUGGAUUCACAGACUUGAUUGUACUGUGCUAUUUUAUUUAUAAUUUUUUUAUAUAUAAUGUUAACCAGAUAGUGAUGCUACAGUUAUAACCACCUUCACUGACAAAAAUGAAAUCCAAUUUUUGACAUUUCCAAACCACAGAUAAUUAUUUUCAUUACCAAUAAAUCUGCUGAUUAUUUCUCAUUGUUUUUUUUUUUUACAUAAAAUGUCAGAAAAUAGUGAAAAUACCUGUUUAUAAUUACCAACAUCCUUUGAAUGUGGUGUUUUGUCCAACCAACAGUUAAAACCUAAAAACAUUCAGUUUAUUAUCAUGUACAACAAAGAAAAUCGUCUGUCAACCGACUGACUGUUGUUGACUGUUUCUGUUUUAGCAGUUCCUCUGUGUUAGAAAAUAAAUCUGCAUGUUUGUCUUUAACAGUUAAAUCUGCAACUCUUCUCCAUGAAUAACCAACAGCUGUUCGUUCAGUAUUUAUCAGUUUUGAUUUUAUCGUGGGAUGAGUGAAGACGAAGCACAGUUGUCAUGUUUGCAUUUUGUGAUACUGUCACUGACUGGUUUUUUUUGUGAUCAUGACAUUUUGUAAUAAAAACAGCUGCUGUCUCUGCUC